AUGCGUUGUAAAUUGCAAUUAACAGCUUUAAAAAUUGUUUCAAAAAAUUCCCUUCCUUCUUUAUUUUUACGUUCAGCAUGUGUUGCUUCUACACUUUUAUUAAUUGCUUCUUUAGUUAAUUAUCAUCGAACAGAAGUUAAAAUUGCUUUAAUUGAUAGUGGGGCUGAAGAUUGGCGUGUAGCUGUAACGACUGACAGAAUAAUUAAAUUAUUUAUCGAAAUAUUUAUUUGCGCAAUCUGUCCGUUCCCGGGAAGUGGCACUAUUUCUUGGCCUUAUAUUUCUGCAGAUGAACACAGUUUUACAAAAGUUUCUGUCCCUUUGGAUGUUUUGUUGGCCGUCCCUAUGUUUUUACGUGCUUAUUUGCUUUGCCGUUUUAUGGUAUUACAUUCUAGACAAUUCCAGGAUGCCGCUACUCGUUCAAUAGCUGCAUUAAAUCGAAUUUCAAUGGAUUUUCGUUUUGUAAUUAAAACAAUGAUGGCUGAUCACCCAAUGACUGUUUUAGUUAUUUUUACUUGUUGCUAUUGGAUGUGUAUGUCUUGGAUGUUUACUCAAUGUGAACGUUAUAAUGGAAGAGAAGCAAGUACUGAAUAUUAUUAUAUGAAUUCUCUUUGGUUUAUUAUGGUUACAUUUAUGUCUAUUGGUUAUGGAGAUGUUGUUCCAACAAGUUAUUGUGGUCGUUUACUUUCAAUAACUACAGGGAUUGUUGGGGCGGGGGUCUCUUCAGCAUUAAUUGCCGUUAUUUCUCGAAAAUUAGAACUUUCCCGUGCAGAAAAACACGUAAACAAUUUUAUGGCAGAUUCUAAAUUAACAAAUGCACGGAAAAAUGCUGCCGCUUCUGUUCUGCAACAUACUUGGUUUAUACAUAAAUAUCAACAAAGAAAUGGACAUAAAGGGGAUGAAAUUAGAUUAAGACAACAUCAAAGAAAAUUUUUAAAUGCAAUAAAUGAAUUUAGAAGAAUUAAAUGGGAUCAAAGGAAAUUACAAGAAAGGGGGAAUUCUUUGUUGGAUUUACAUACAGAAAUGCACGAAACACUUUGGGAAAUGCAUAGAACACAAGAUCAAUUUGUUGGAAUGAUUGAAAUAUUAACUCAAAGAAUAACAGAAUUACAACAAACAGUUUUAAAUACUUCAAAUAUCCAACAACAACAAAUAUAUCCAAAUAAUCAAUUAUAUCCACCAAAUAAUGACAGAAAAAUAUCUACAGGAACACAAUUACGUGUACCUUUAAAUAAUUGUAGAAAAGUUUCAUCAUCUACUACUAAUCACCCAAAUUCAAUUACACCCCAACAACAUCCAAAUAAUUUAUUUUUAAAAACCCAUCCUUCAAUAGACAAUUCAACAACAAAAAACCAAAAAACUUUAAAUAAUUCAAUAAUUAUUAGCGGAUUUGAAUCAAAUUUAGGUUUAACUAAUUCUUUGUCUUCCCCUUGCUUACAAAAAAGUCAACAACAACAACAACAAACAAUUUUAAAUAAAAUGAGGGUUUUGGUACAAAAUGAAGAUGAAUGUAUUCCUUUAAUGAAUGAUGGAGAAGGGGAAUUAAUGGCUUAAAAAAGAAGAAAAAAAUUUUUUGAAAAAAUGGGUAUAUAUUUAAUGUUGUGAU